CGGAAAAAUAUAAUUGCGGUUUCAGACACUCUUCAUCUUUUCCAAGCUACUUUGCGAUUAAGAGCUCUUUUUGAGCGCUCACUUAGCAACUGUGGGCGUCCUCUAAGAGCUCACGUUCAUAUCGCAUGCUUAGCUUGCACUCGUUCUACUCUUUGGCACGAACGACUUCGUGUCGUGCUAUGGCGUGCCUACAUGUCUUUCGAAUGGACAGCUGAAGCCCUUUUGACAAUUACGCGCUAUCCCUCAACAAUUGGGUUGAAGGUUCAUCACUCAAGCUCAAACUUGAACGUUUCCAGUGACAGAAAUAAUAUUAGCGGUGGGGACAUUUGGUCAUGUGGAAAGGGUGUAGAUCGGCGAUCGCAGCGUCAGGCUGUAAAGCCAGUCUUCUACAGAGCUAUUGAGGAGCUUCCAUGGGCAAAAGUUCUCUACAUGGAUAUGGUGCACUAUUGUCCAGAAGAUGCCGAGGAAAUUAUAGAUCUUAUUAUCGCGAAGGGUUUGCGUCUGAGAUCACCAAUAGAAGAAGUCGAUCUUCUCAUAUCUGCUAUAAAAUGA